UAGUUCUGCAUAAGUGACGUUGUGUUUGAAGCAUGACUUCUCCCUCCAUUGAUAACACAGUGUGGAGCUGAAUGAACACAACAGGCCAGGCAGCAUCAGAGGAGCCGGAAAGCUGACAUUUCGGGUCGGGACCCUCCAUUGAGGCGGCCAGGCCUGCUGAACUUCUCCAGCCCUGAAUGAAAUCAAAAAUGUUAGAUGUCCGCAGUGUUUUACCUUUCGACUGUUUUUAAAGAGUCUGCGCCGCUGAGUGGGAAUGGUGAAGGUCAGGGUAAGGCAGGGCCAAGGCUGAAAGGGGGAGGGUUGCCAUGGUGACGGGGCCUAGCCCCGCCGCCUCUCCACCUCCUCUAUCAAACAUGGCGCCCGUCUAUGACCGGCCAGGCUUCUGGGGAGAGCCCACCUCUACUCUGGACUGGUGCGAGGAGAAUUAUGCCGUGUCCUAUUAUAUCGCCGAGUUCUGGAAUACUGUAAGCAACCUGAUAAUGAUUCUACCUCCUAUAUAUGGUGCAAUUCAGACCAUAAGAGAUGGCCUUGAAACUCGCUACCUGGCUGCAUUUUUGGGUCUUGCAGCUGUGGGAAUAGGGUCCUGGUGCUUCCAUAUGACGUUGAAAUAUGAAAUGCAGUUGUUGGAUGAACUUCCCAUGAUCUACAGCUGCUGUAUAUUUGUCUACUGCUUGUACGAAUGCUUCAAACACAAGAAUACACGCAACUACCUUCUAGCUUUUAUACUGGUACUAUUCAGUGGGCUAGUGACCAUAGUGUAUCUCCAGUGGAAGGAGCCAGUGUUUCACCAGGUUAUGUACGGCUUCCUAGUCGGCUGCCUGGUCUUAAGAUCGGUAUAUGUUGUCACGUGGGUUUACCCUUGGCUGAGGCCCCUUGCCUAUACAUCAUUAGGCGUAUUUCUGAUGGGCUUUAUUCUAUGGAAUGUAGACAACAUCUUCUGCAAUAAUUUGAGGGAUAUCCGGCAGAAGUUACCAUUCCAAAUCUUAGGCGCCAUGACGCAUUUUCAUGCUUGGUGGCACAUUCUGACAGGCCUGGGCUCCUAUUUGCACAUUCUGUUCAGCAUGUAUACAAGAACGCUAUACUUGAAAUACAGACCUAAAGUGAAGUUUCUGCUUGGUGUGUGGCCUAUUAUUUGGGUGGAACCUCCUCCAAAGAAGCACUAAAAAUGCCAGAGAUUGAAAUCUCUGGCAAAGAACAAGCUGGACUUCAGCACUGAGAGCUGUUUUAUCUAAUUCUGGAAGCGAGUGUUAAUGAGCGAAAAAGGUUUGAAAUGAAUCAUGGAGAGAAAGAAACACGCUGAUGAUAUAUUUCCGAUCAUGCUGAGUUUUGUAUUUAUUUUUUUAAAAUGCUGCCAGGCGUAGUUGAAUUAUAUAGGAGGUUAAUGUGUACAAUGGGAAGUAAGGAAUACUGCAGCUUGUGUGAUAAUGUUUGGUAGAUCUCUGAUAAUACUCUGAUAACCGAUUUAAUCUGAGAACAGCUAAUGUUCUUUAGGCCUUUUUACACAUGGCCAAACUAUUGAACAAAUUAUGGACUGAAACUGACUGGUUCACUGUACCAUAACAUUUUUUUAUUUGUUUGCCUCUUGUUCUGCCUGUAUAAGGAUCUGAAGAAUUUACUUCACUAGACCUAUGACGUCUCUCUGUGAAUUCUCAAUACCGCAGGUGUGUAUUGAGCUGUACAUCAACACAUAAAGCAAAGGGCAGGUCUGUUCCAAGCCUUGGAGUGGGAAAUGAAGUGUUUCAUCCCAAAACAGGUGUUGGGGGGUUGUUAAUAAGAGAGAGAAUGGAUCAUCUCCUCUCAUCCCUCCUGCUUUUUAGAUUUUGUUUCUAAUCACUUUAACGCCAGUACUGCUGCUCAUACUGCUGUUCGCUGAGUUUCAGUAUUGUGAGAGACAUUUAGGGGUUUGGGCUAUGU